AUUUGACUGUCAUAGUGACGUUUGAUCAAUUUCUUUAACGCAAAUAUUCCUAUUAAUCUAUUAGUAAAUGGUUAAAUACAAUGGUUUUUAUAACAGAAGAAUUAGUAAGGAAAAAAGCUGAACAUAAUGAAGGUUUAAUUGGUACUCUAGAAGAGCUUUCACUCCACCAAGAAGACGUUGAAAAAAUCGAACACUUGAACAACUGGUGCAAGAACCUUCAAAUACUUUAUCUGCAAGCUAAUCAAAUUUCGAAAAUCGAAAACCUCAAUAAGCUGAAGCAACUGCAAUACUUAAAUUUAGCAAUUAACAAUGUAGAAAAAGUAGAGAACUUAGAGAGGUGCGAGUCUUUGGAAAAAUUAGACUUAACGUUAAACUUUAUCGGGGAUUUAGAGAGUAUUAAGUCUCUACAAGCAAAUAUCCAUCUUAAAGAUUUGUAUCUUACAGGAAAUCCAUGCUGCGAUUACGAAGGUUAUAGAGACUAUGUUAUUGCCCAACUUCCACAACUGGAAAGCUUGGACAUAAAAAAAAUCACAAGAAGCGAGAGGAUUAAAGCCCGGCAAAAUUUACCAGAGAUUGAAAAGCGAAUUAAGAACUAUCAAGAAAAACACAGGCGAUUCAGGGAAGAGCAGAAAGUGCGGCACCUCCUAAAAAACAGUUCUAAACUAACCGACGAGGAAUUCUGGCAAGCAGUUGCUGAAAACAGUCCAGAAACAAGAAUGGAAAUUUCCAAGAGGCAAAAGAAAACCAAUCGGAACGUCGAUAUUGAUUGCGAACAGAAAAUAAAGAAAACUGCAAGGCUAUUUGAUAAAACGGGGCGACCACUUAAUGUGAACCAAGCUAAACUGAAAUUCACUUUCUCAGAUGAUGAUCCAGAGAUGUUUGUUUUAGAUGUCGCUUUGUAUAAAUAUUUAGAUACCGCUUUGGUCGAUAUCGAUUUGCAGCCUAUUUAUGUGAAACUUACCGUCAAAGGGAAAGUAUUUCAGAUAGUUUUUCCGGAAGAAGUCCUUGUGGAGAAAGCUGCUGCAUUAAGAUCUCAAACGACAGGCCAUUUGGUUUUAAAGCUACCAAGAGUAAACUAUAAAGGUCUACUAACUAAGCCUAUAAAACUUAAAGAAUCAAAAAGUCUUGACAAAGAGAAACAACCACGUAAUGCCAACGAGAAAACCACUGAAUUUUUAGAAGUUACUGGUCCUGACAAAGAUAUGGAUUUUAGUAAAAUAGUAGAAAACAAUGAAAAAGUUAGAAAGUUAGGAUUUGAGGACAAUCCGGAAGUUCCUAUGUUAGAGUAUGGGUGAUUAUUUGCGAAUAUUCGAAUCUUUGCUUAAUACCAUAUUACUUUUUCAGUGAAUGUUUUAGAAAUUACUUAAUUAAAUAAAGGCAUGAUUUAAUAUGUAUGAAA